AUGACUCAGCUCGAACUUUAUGCCCAUCUAGUUAACCGAGCGCCUUUUAUCACUCCUGAAUCGUGUACCAAGGUCAAAUCUGCCAUACCUCUCCACCAAUUGAAUGGCAGCACAUUGUAUCGACUUGCAACCUCGAAUAGUGCCACGUAUGACACAAUCAAUUGUGAAGCGUUGAUCCUCGGUUGUGGUGUGGCUGGGAAUGCAGCUGCAUUACGCCUUGCAAAUAAAGGAGUAAAGGUGACUAUUGUGUCUGCGGCUGAAGACCCGAAUAACUGUGCAACUUAUUAUGCUCAAGGUGGUAUCAUAUACAAAAGUGGGGACGAUACGCCCGCUCUCUUAUCCUCUGACGUUCAUCGUGCUGGUGCUGGUGUGUGCGACGAUAUUGCUGUUCAAAAACUGGCUAUUGAAGGCCCCGAACGCGUCGAAGAACUGCUAUUGGAUGUCGCGAAAGUUCCGUUUACACGCAAUGAUGAUGGUGGACUUGCACUAACGCUAGAAGCAUCACACAAUCGUGCGCGUAUACUGUACAAAGCCGACCACACCGGCCGUGCUAUCUCCACUAGCAUGAUACAGGCGGUUCGAGACCAUCCUAAUAUUGUGCUGCUCAUGGGUCGCAGUGCUUUUGAGCUUGUCACGAAUGAAGCCGGCGAAUGUGUUGGUGCUUUGACAAUAUCUACCCAAGGGAAGUUGGAGUACUAUCGUGCGCCAUUCACGCUUCUAGCCACUGGUGGUGUAGGAGACGUGUACAAGAACACGUCGAACCCGGAAGGUGCACGUGGAGAAGGAAUCGCUUUGGCCGCUCGUGCAGGAGCCAAGCUCAAAAAUAUGCAAUACGUGCAGUUUCACCCAACUACGUUAUAUAUUCCAGAUGAGCGUCGCUUCUUGCUAACCGAGGCUCUAAGAGGCGAAGGUGCCAUUUUGCGCAACAAAAGCGGACACGCUUUUGCAAAAGAUUACCAUCCAGAUGGUGAGCUUGCACCACGGGAUGUCGUGGCGCGUCUCAUCUUGGCCGAAAUGGAAAAGCAAGACGAGCCAUGCAUGUAUCUUGAUAUUACUCACGAAAACGCUGAUUGGAUUAAAAGCCGCUUUCCGACCAUUUACCAGCACUGUCUUGACCGCGGUAUUGACAUGACUACGGAUUUUAUGCCUGUGGUUCCUGCAGCACACUACCAUUGUGGCGGUGUGGAGGUCGAUCUACACGGUCGUACAUCUGUUCCAGGUCUAUACGCUGCUGGUGAGGUGAGCUGCACCGGACUCCAUGGAGCUAACCGAUUGGCCUCAACCUCGUUACUAGAAGGACUUGUAUGGGGUUGCAGCUCUGCCGAUGAUUUCGUGAAGCGCACUAACUCAUCUGGCGUUAAAUGCGCUGUGAUGCAGAAGGACCCGUUUGCUCAUCUGAAUGGUUUUCGGACUCCUUCCUCUAACGAGAUUGAGGAAGUUCUGUUGGCAACUCAACGCAUUAUGUGGGAUUCUGUAGGUCCUAUUCGCACGAUCACUGGCAUGAAAAGCGCAGUGGAGAAGCUUAAGCUUUUAGAAAUCAAGGCCGACAGAUUGUAUCAUGAGUGCCGUAUCACUCGCGAGACUGCUGGACUACGCAAUGCUGUUCGUGCUGCCAAAGAAAUUGCACAUGCAGCUCUUGACAGCCCCUUGUCGGUCGGCACGCACUACAUUGUGCAAUCUUAA